AUGGCUUACACUACCCGCAAGGUCGCUGCGGCGAACACCCUCGAGCACCGCGUCUACAUCGAGAAGGAUGGCGUGCCCAUCUCAGCAUGGCACGACAUCCCGCUCUACGCCAACGAGCAGCAGACGAUACUCAACAUGGUCGUCGAGGUCCCCCGCUGGACCAACGCUAAGAUGGAGAUCUCCAAGGAGGAGACCCUCAACCCCAUCAAGCAGGACACCAAGAAAGGCAAGCUCCGCUUCGUCCGUAACUGCUUUCCCCACAAGGGCUACCUCUGGAACUACGGUGCCUUCCCCCAGACAUGGGAGGACCCCAACGUCACACACCCUGAGACCAAGGCCAACGGUGACAACGACCCGCUCGACGUCUGCGAGAUCGGUGAGCUUGUCAACAAGCCCGGAGAUGUCAUCCAGGUCAAGGUCCUCGGUGUCAUGGCUCUGCUUGACGAGGGCGAGACUGAUUGGAAGAUCAUUGUCGUCAAUGUCAACGACCCCUUGGCUCCCAAGCUGAACGAUGUCGAAGAUGUCGAGCGCCACCUGCCCGGCCUUCUGCGUGCCACUAAUGAGUGGUUCCGCAUCUACAAGAUCCCCGAUGGCAAGCCCGAGAACCAGUUCGCCUUCUCCGGCGAGUGCAAGAACAAGAAAUACGCCAUGGACAUCGUCCGUGAGUGCGCCGAGGCUUGGGAGAAGCUCGUUGCUGGCAAGACCGCCAAAAACGACAUCGCUCUCGCCAACGCCACCGUCUCUCACUCCGCCGACAAGACCGACACCAGCUCGCUCAACAUCCCCUCGGGCGAGGACAAGUCCCCUGCCCCUAUCGACUCUAGCAUCGACAAAUGGUUCUACAUCUCUGGUGCCCCCUCCAGCUAG